GGAUAACAAGCGAAUGCGCGUGCGCGCGGUUCCGCCUUAAAGACUCGCCAUAUCGUUGAAAUAGUGGCGUCGGUAGGUAGCGCUGCGGUGGCCGGCUACUUCGUUAAGGGCAGAGACGUUCCUCUCCAGCAACAUCGAGAUCCAGUUUCCCUUAAGCCGCUCUCGCGCGUUUGUCUGUUCUCGUCGCGUUCGCGUCGUAUCCUACCGAUUAUUUUCUCCUUCCUCCCCCCUCCCCCGCCCGCGCACGAGAUCGUCGACACGGUAGAGAACCGCGCGGUAUACACACGGACGUGUCGUCGUAGCACCAAGUGCUCCGCUUUUAAAACUAAAUUGCCCGGUGCCCGAGCCGUAGGAUGGCGUUCAACGGAGACGGACCACACUCCAAGAGGCAGCGACUCGAGGAAUCUGGUCACAGGAAUCACGAGUAUGGCGGAUACGGAGACGAACCGCGACGUAAAAGAGAAGACAAUAACAAGCCGAACCACGUUCUCCUCUUCACAAUUAUCAACCCGGUCUACCCCAUCACUGUGGAAGUAUUGCACACGAUCAGCACGCCCAGCGGGCAGGUUCAGCGCAUUGUCAUAUUCAAGAAGAACGGCGUUCAAGCAAUGGUGGAGUUCGACUCGGUGGAAUCGGCAACAAGAGCAAAGGAGACGCUUCACGGAGCAGACAUAUAUUCCGGUUGCUGCACGCUGAAGAUCGACUUCGCCAAGCCUACCAAACUGAACGUAUACAAGAACGACGCGGAAAGCUGGGACUACACAACGCCGACGCUGGGGGCUGCGUGUACGUGCGUACACGAACUUCUCUCCGCCAGGGUCUGGGAAUCGUUCCUUCUCUCGCCUCUGUUUCCAUUUAAAGAAUCGCCAUUUCGAUAUACGCUUUCAGCGGGCGGCCUCUUGCUCGCGUUUUCUUGACGCCGAGGGCGUGUGCAGCCGUGCACACAGAAGAUGAUGCUAAUUGGAUAGAAACGUAGUCCUCGAUGCGAGCUUGCAGGGUUUCCGUAAAACGUUUCCCCCCGCGUUUUAAGUUCACGUCUACGCGCCAUCGGACGACACGCGGGAACGUCGAUCGAACGUCGUCGUCGAAAAAUCGAAGGAAAGUAAUUAAAGUAUAUCAAAGUCGCGAGUCGAUCAAAUUCGCGAUGAAUAAU